UUGAGAGAGAGGGUGGGUGCGUGGGAAGCCUGCGGGGAAAGUUUGCACCUUAGUCCCCGGAGCGGCAGCAGCGGAUCAUGCAGCGGGGGAGACUCACCCUCCUAGUGUCUCUGGCUUUUCUCCUGCUCCACGUGAGAGGUGAAGACGACUUUAACUUAGAAGAUGCAUUAGACGUUGGACCUACAAAGAAGCCUGAUUCAGCUACCAAAAAGCCGGAGUUGGAUGGCCACCCAAACCCUCAGCCCGGAAGCGAGGACAAUACUGGUGGGAACUUUAAGGAUGAGGACUUACUUGAUGGUAAACUUCCACCAGAAAAAAGGGGUGAAGGUGAUACCAAUCCCAAGAGUGGAGGAGAGGCGGAGGCCUCUCAAGGAGUGAUACCUGGAAUUAUAAGUGCUGUGGUUGUAGCAGUUGUUGGAGCAGUAUCUAGCUUCAUUGCUUACCAGAAGAAGAAACUCUGUUUCAAAGCAAGCGGAGAUCAAGAGAAUGUUAAUAUGGAAAAUCAGCAAGGAGCACAUGCAGAGCCACCUGUUCAGCGAACUCUUCUGCAGAAAUAAUCCAGGGAAACUCAAGGUGAAGAAAAGAACAGCAAAACUGGAUAGAAAACCUGCAUAUCUGCCUGAAAAAACACAAUGUAAACAGCAGGGGCUUGAGUUUCAAAAUUGCAUGGAAAAAAAAAUAUCCUCAGAAAGGAUGGGAGGGAUGUUUUCAAACAGCUGAGCGUUUUUCUGUGGUUAGCCCUGUGCAGCACAGUGUUGCCCACUGACAGUUGGCCUUAAAAUAGUGACGUUCUGAAACAACUUGUGCCUUUUAAUUCUCAACUCUGCUCUUGUGGCAAGAGCCAUCGCUGGUGUGUCUCUGAACUGACUACUAUUAUGGCUAGCCCCCUUUUCUUACCCCUUCAAAAAAAAUCUGUCGAUCUGUUAAGGUACCAUGACUCUGAACCAGCUCUAACAUUGUAGCAUUGCAUGGGAACGGCUACACCACCCACCUCAGGGAGCCUCCCACCCUGGGUUGACAGACUUGGGCUAGCGAGACUCAUGCUAGUGCUCUUAAAAAUAGCAGUGGAGUCAGAGCUCUGAAGUUGCAGCUCGGGCUAGUGCUCUGGCUCUGGAGCGUAGAGAGGUGGGUGGGCGCCAAAGCUGGAGCUCCCACCAAAGCUGUGACGUCCACACAGCUAUUUUUAGUGUGGGCAGCGCCAAGUCCCUGGAGCCCAACUCUGUUGACCAGGAUUGGGAGGCUCGCUACUGUGUGCUGCGUAUACUUACCCUAAAUUGGGUAAUCAUGCCAGUGAAGACACCCUUACAGUUCACUUGAAAGUGAAGUUUAAAAAAAAAAAAAUUCUAGUAAAUUUUUACAUUUUGUGGCACCUGAACGCAAAUUGUUACAUAGGUUAAAAAAGUAGCCAUGUCAUCUGAAAUAUUUGACCAAAUGAGUGUGUGUGUGUAUUUGCCAAUGGUGUUGUCUGUGCAGCUGCCUGGAUCAGCUAGCAGGAAGGAGGUACUUGUAUCUGUCCUCUAAGGAAAAAAAAAUUAUUUUUUUCAUUUUUCUUCAUUAUGUCUGUCUGGUACAGAUCCAGAAAGCCCCAAUGUGCUUUAGUGCAUCCCCUCAGAGUCUCAAAGUGCUUUUCAUACCGAUUAACUAAAAUUGAGUUGAUCAAAAAAGGAAAAGCCUGCCUUACAAAUCAGAACCCUACAUUGGCUACUCUUCAUUUGGCUGGGAGUGUUUUUCUGGUGUUUGUGAGUAUUCAAACAGCUGCCAGGAAUUAAUUUGUAUGCAAGUUGGGACUGACAGACAUUUCCAUAACUGCUCACCUGAAAGCUUGAACAGGUCAUUAUUUACAGUUUUGCUUUUGAAAGGUUUGUCAUCCAGUCGGAAAGUAGAAACAAUACAACUAACUUAUGUGGUAACUCUGCAAUGUGGAUAAUCAAGAGCACUCUACACUAGGGUGACCAGAUAGCAACGGUGGAAAAAACGGGAUGGGGGUGGGGGGUAAUAGGCACCUAUAUAAGAGAAAGUCCCCAAAAAUGGGACGGUCCCUUUAAAAGCGGAACAUCUGGUCACCCUACUCUAAACUGAGUUCCUAAAAAUUACUCUCCACACGAUUCAGCAGAAACAGCCUCAGUCCUGCAGCUAAUAGCACACAGGGGCUGCUGCACUUGUAUGGAGCCCCAGUAAAGUCAGUGGUGCUCCAUACAAGCACAGCAGUCUGCUUACAUGCUGUCAUUGAAGGACUGGGGCUUAGAUUUGUAACUAGUACUGGUUACAAUGAAUAGUUUGACCAGCUGUACUGAGGAGAUUUUGUUUGUAAUAGAAGUUCAGUUUUUGUGCAAUUUUACAAAACACUGUGAGGCAAUUUUACUUAGAAGUGCAUCUGGUAAGUGCAUAGGUGAGAAUCUGGAGAAUUACAGUAAUUCAUACAGUAAACAAAUUAACCUUUUUACAGAAGCUUAUAAUUUGGACUAGCACAGACUUUUUUCCUGCCAAAACCUGCAAAUCUCUGUGCAUUCAAAUAUUAAUGCAUCUAAUGAGAACUCAUUUUAAAGAGAACAUGUACAUGUUAUUUUAGGAAGUUGAUGACAAAGAGCUUUAAAUGUUUUUUUUGUUUGUUUGUUUGUUUUAAAUUAUGAAACUCAUUGGUAAACCAGUUUUUCCCCAUUACUCUAUUUUUUCCUGGAUGAAAAUGUUAAAACAUGCAAGUGUGUUAUUGAUGGAGAAGUUACUAUAUUGUAGGUGAGAUUCUUUGACCGUAAAUCAUUAAACUAAUGAAAUGCCUUACUUACCUUCACCAACAAAUGUAUUUCAUAUGUAUCAUUGUCAAGUGUCAAGCACACUGAAAGAUGCCAAUAGCUGUUUUGGGGUUCUUUAAACAAGCUUUCAAUUUCUCAAACCUCUUAAGAAUUAGUCAUUAAAACUUCAGACUAUUAACAUUGUGCCUUUUUUUAAUAAACAUUUGUAAAGUUACUUUGGUUAAGUAUCUUAAAA